UACACCUGCACAGACUAUUGUGACAAAAAACGUUUGGACUAAGUCUGCUGUCUUCACUCAUGAACGGUUUUGACGGUCCUGCUGCUGCGCUGGUUUUUGCAAGUAUGGGUUCACACACAUCCACCACAGAUGAUUAUGAUUACGGGGACGAUUACGUCCCUGGUGAUCCAAUGAAGAUUGGAGCCCCUUGUUCUGAGGAGGACAUUUAUGGCUUUGCCAAGAAGUACACCCCUACUGUGUACAGCCUUGUGUUCGUGCUUGCAGUUGUGGGCAAUGUUCUGGUGCUGUGUGUGAUCAGACGGUACAAGAACAGAAAUUCUGGGGCCUGCGCCUUCUCUCUCACAGACACCUUCCUCCUUCACCUGGCCAUCUCAGAUCUGCUGCUGGCCUUUACCCUCCCGCUGUUUGCGGUGCAGUACAACCACCAGUGGGUUUUCGGCCUGGCUCUUUGCAAGAUCUCCAGUGCCCUGUUCUCUCUGAAUCGCUACAGUGGCAUCCUCUUCCUGGCCUGCAUCAGCUUUGACCGUUACCUGGCCAUCGUCCAUGCGGUCAGCUCCGGAUGGAAGCGCCACACUUGCCACGCUCAGCUUGCAUGUGCAGUCAUUUGGGUGAUUUGCCUCGGUUUAAGCGGAGUGGACAUUGCUUUUAAACAAGUUGACGAGCAAAUCUCUCCGAACAAAGAAACUGUGGUCCUAUGUCGGCUGUGGUUCGCUCAGAAUGACGUUGAAUGGCGCGUGGGGUUGCAUUUAGUCAGUGUGGUUCUGGGUUUUGGUCUACCCCUAUUAGUUAUGCUUUACUGCUACAUCCAGAUCUUCAGGUCUUUGUGUAACGCCACUCGACGACAAAGGCGCAAGUCCCUCAGCCUGAUCUUCACAUUAGUGUCAGUGUUUGUCAUCUGCUGGGCUCCUUAUAACUGCUUCCAGCUGGUAGACAGUUUGGAAAAGCUGAAAGUGGUGGCUGGAGGUUGCCAUUUUAACAAAGUGAUGGACAUCGGGAUUCUGAUCACAGAGAGCAUUGGGGUGUCACACUGCGCCCUGAACCCUCUGCUGUACGGAUUUGUCGGGGAAAAGUUCAGGAAGGAGCUGCUCCGAAUGUGUAAAGACCUGCUGGGGAAGAGAAGCUGGAUGGAGGCAAACGAAUGGAAAGGAAAGAGGCUCCGAAAAACUACCGGAUCCUUCAGCUCUGCAGAAAGUGAAAACACUUCAUACUCUGUCAUGGUGUGAAGAAAGAUUGGAGAUCCAGUAUCAUGAAAAAAGGACUGAAUUGAGAAAAAUUGCAAUUGUUUGAAAAUGUUAUCAAUAGGAAAGUGUUUUCUUAGUAAUGCUUUGCUGCAGUAAUUAAAAAGCAAACAAACCUGGUUAUAUGUGUGUGGCGGUAAUUGGGGGGGGGGGGGUAGUGGGGGCUUUGCAAGUAAAACAACUAGUGCAAAACCCUACUUGCUGAUGUUGAAAAAAAUUGUUGCAUUGCAUUGUGCGGAUCUUUUGGUAUUUUGCGAAAUAGCUGUAGUUCUUGGUGUUCAUUAAAAAGCUUGUUUAGCAGUUUAAAUCAAUGCUUACUUUGGUAUCUUUUGCCCAAACUUGGUGUAAUUUUCUCAAUAUUUCAUUUCAACCUAUGUUGCAGCAAAAUAGGUUGAAAUAAGUGUAAAUAUGUACUGACAGUAACUCUGUUUUGAUCGCUGUUCUUGUUUGUCUUUUUCUCAUGAUUUCUUCGUUUUUUUCUUUUAUUUUGUGAAGUAAAAAAAUACCUGACUUAAGUUUGAUUUUGUAUAUAAAAACACAUUAGUUUUUUGUUGUACAAAGGACAAAUGUUUUUGAAUAAACACAAAGCGCUACAUUUGUUUUACCCAAC